AUGGCGGGUCGGCGGGUGCGGGUACAAUGCCUGAGUUGGGGCCUGAAUAGGGCUGGUUUGCUGGCGAUGGGGGCCAUGUUGCUCAUGGUCAUGCCUGCAGCGGGUGCUGAGGACGCUGGGCUAUGGGUGGAUGCGGAUGGCGACGUGCAUGUGAUGAACAAUGCCUCUCUGUUUGUGGAUGAAGUUGACCUGCUGGCCACGCUCCGCGCGGUCACGGCUCAGAAUGAUGCGCUACAGCGUGAUACGGUUGCGUUGCGCCAGGCUCUGGCUGAUGUCACCAGCGCAUUGGAUCAACAACACGCUUUGCAGGAGCGUCUGGAUGCCCUGGCGCUCUGCACAGGCCGGUGUUUGCAGCUCACAUCGACGCUGUCCAACACGAAUCUGGCCGGCUUUGGUCGAGCGUUGGCCUUUGAUGAGGCCCUGAUGGUAGUUGGGGCCACAAGCCCAAAUGCCAGCGCAUACGCUCUCUACAAUCGCACCGCCGAAGAACGUGCAGCGCAAAUCCUCAAUGUCUUUCGGUCGGGCGAAGCCAGCGAUCUGUGUGGCACAGCGGUCGCCAUGGACCCGCAGGUCUUGUUGGUUGGCUGCCCAGGUCCCAAUAUAAACCUGCCCACGCCCGCCUUGAUGGGCAUGGUUCGUAUCCUCAGUCGCCAACCUGCCGGUCAUUUUCUCGCCAAUGGCACAGUUUUGCCAUUCUAUACCACAAACCAUCAGAUGUUUGGCUCUGCACUGGCACUCAACGCCGAAUAUCUCGCAGUGAGUGCGCCCUACGCGCAAGAAGUGGACGGCAAUCCCAAUACCGGUGGUCGUGUGUUCUUCUUCCACCGACACGGUGCCAGUACCUUUACGCCCUGGCGUACUCUUGAUGAUGUCGUCGCCCGGCCAGGAAAUCUUUUCGGCUGGGCCUUGGCCUGGUAUGACGCCACGCACCUCCUGGUCACAGGGUUGAGCAACUCACUCGAUAACAGGACGGGUGCGCUCUACGCUUAUCAAGUGCCCUCUGGUACGAGCACAACCUUUCAACGCCUCUUGGAAUUUACCGAGCCUCGUUGGGCCAACGCCUCGCUGACGGGUAGCAUGUUUGGAGUGUCGCUGGCCGUUUGGUCGGGCGGGCUCGCCGUUGGUGCCGGGACCGAGAAUGACGACGGCGGCAAUGGUAGCGAUGUUGAGGCUGCCGUCUUCGUGUACAGCCUGGAUGUGGGGCAGAUGGCGCUGACCCUGGAGCGCCAACUGCUACCCCCUGCCAUGGAGGGAGCAGCCCCACGUUUUGGCCUUGGCUUGGCCAGCAGUGGGGGUGCGCUGGCAGUGACUGACCCAGGUCGGCAGCGCAUCUACAUGUACACAUAG